AUGGGUCAUCUGGCUGAGGACUUGACGUCCCUCUAUGAGGGAUUGAAACUUACAGAAGAGGAAAAACAGGAGAUUGAGGUAAGUUCAGAAGAGCUCUUGUUAUCAGCAUCUAAAAGCAAGCUAUGUUUAAUGAUAUGCCUAAUCUCAGACAAGGAAACCAACAGAGGAGCUUUAAUGAACACUUUGCCAAAAAUAUGGAAUGCAGAGGGGAGAGUGGCUUUCAAAGAAGUGGGUAGGAAUAUGUUUCUGGUGGAGUUCAAGACGAAGACAGAUAAAACAAGAGUGAUGAAUGGACGUCCAUGGUCUUUUGACAAGUGCCUGCUGUGUAUUCAGGACUGUGAAGGUGCCAAGUCUGUUAAGGACAUGCAGUUUUGUAAUGAACCAUUUUGGAUUCAAUGUCAUGACAUGCCUUUUGCUGGUAUGUCCGCGAGCAUGGGGGAGAGGCUGGGCAAUUCUUUGGGAAAGGUUCUUACGGUGGAUACAAAUGGAAGUGAAACAUGCUGGGGAAAAUUCCUACGUGUGAAGGUUAUGUUGGAUAUUACCAAACCUCUAGCAAGAGGCAGAUUCAUUAACAUGGAUGGUGAGAAGUAUUGGAUUCCUUUUCGUUACGAAAGGCUGAAUAACUUCUGCUAUCACUGUGGAGCUAUUAAACAUGGAGAAGGAGGCUGUGAAAAACUGGAGGUGGGACAGCAAGCUGGGGUUAGUUCUGGAAAGCAGUAUGGAGCUUGGUUGAGGGCGAGCAGUAAAAGACUCAUCCAAUCUGCAGAGAAGGUUGGGAAGGAGAAAGCUGAUGGGAGUUCAUCGGAGAGCUGCCGGCGGUUAUUCCCAGAUGACUACAAUAAGGAAGGUGACAGUUAUGGCAAGACACUAGAGGCAGGAGGAGAGCAGGAAGGCAGCCAAUCAUUACACGGGGAUGGGGAAAAUUCUGGUAGAAGUGCAAGGAAUAAAGCUGUCAGGCUAGUGGAAUCAGUGGUGCAUGCUGAGGAGACAGGCACACAUAAGGAAAGUGGUGGAGGCACGCCAACAAUUCUGUUAGAAGUACCUAUUGUACAGAUGGGCCCAGCUGUAGUGGAGGAGGCUAAAGAAGGAAAGAAGGGACCACGUAGAGGGAAUAGCUGGAAAAGAAGAGCACGUGAGUUUAGGAUCCCCUCAACUAAUCAAAACCCAGUGGCUGGACAUGACAUGUCCAAACAAAGCCAGAAAUGCAAAAGAAAAGCACAGGAUUUGCCGAAUGGUGAAUUGGCCAAAAGAAACAAACUAUCAUUAAGGGAUGAAGAGGAUGAAGAUUUUCCUAUGGCAGUGGCUGCUCUGCAGCCCUGCCAACCACUAUGA